AAUAAGGUGUUACUAAACCCAGUGUCCUGCAUUCACUAUAUCACCCAGGACCCUGCAUUCACUAUAUCUGGUCUCCCAGGACCCUGCAUUCACUAUAUCUGGUCUCCCCGAACCCUGCAUCCACUAUAUCUGGUCUCCCAGGACCCUGCAUCCACUAUAUCUGAUCUCCCCGGACCCUGCAUCCACUAUAUCUGGUCUCCCAGGACCCUGCAUUCACUAUAUCUGGUCUCCCAGGACUCUGCAUUCACUAUAUCUGGUCUC